AUGGCGCAGCGCGUCACCGGCCAGCGCUUUCGCCAGCGCAAGCUGUCGACCAAGCAGAACCUGCCCGUCAUCUACGAGAAUGAGCUCGAUGUCUCUCCCGACGACGACGGCACCCGCCAUAUCCCCAAGGUCGAAACCGGCGUCGAAAAGGGAGAGGAAGUCGCUGUCAUUUCCGCUGCUCAAGCAGCUGCCCAAGGCCAGAGCAAGGUCCCCCAGCUGUACAUUCCUACCCCCGAGGCCGUCGCCAGUAGGUUGCGAUAUGAGGACCUCUACCCGAAGCGCUUCAAACAGCCCACCACUUAUAUCCGCUUCUCCUCCACCGUAGAGGAUAUGAUAGGAUGCCCUUACUGCAUGACAAGUGAUGAUGUUGCCUUUCUCACGUCGUACAACCAGAGGAAGGGCAAGGCCACGCAGUGUUCCGAAGACGAGUUCGAGGAGGUCAUGAACUUCUUCGAGGAGGCGUCUCACAGAAAGCAGCCUUACGCCAGCGUCGAUAACACUCCAUUGUUGCCGUAUGAGGAGUUGGAGGCCGAGUUUGACGAGACCAUCAGUGACUCCGCGAGGCGAUUUGCGCGUGAUAUUUAUCCCCACUGGAAGAACCAGCGGCUGCUCAAAGGGGGCCGUCCAUUGAUUGCGUCGUUGAAGUUCGAGACGAAUCUCGAGACGGACGACUCAGACCCCUAUGUUUGUUUCCGUAGGCGCGAGGUCAGGCAGGUCCGGAAGACGCGCGGUCGAGAUGCGCAGGUGACGGAGAAGCUGAAGAAGUUGAGAAAGGAGCUAGAGGAGGCUCGCUUCAUCAUGGCUCAGGUCCGGCGGCGGGAGCUGCUCCUUCGGGAUCAGCUUGCAAUCGAGAAGCAAAUUUUCGAGCAGCGAACCGCCGUCAAGGAGAUCAAACGGAAGCUCGGCAUCAAAGAGAACGACGAGGAGCUCCUUAUCAACCAAAAGCCCACUCCGAAACCCAAGCCCAGAACUUCUCUUGACAUGCCCAAGCAGAUACCGGGAAGGCCUCCGAUCCCGACUCGCAACCUCAUGGAAACGGAUCUCGUCUAUAUCGAAGAUCAGUUAGCCAGAAGAUCCGAGGCCAUCGAGAACUUCAUCGAGGAUAACCUGACCAAACACCAGAAAUGGAACCAGGGUUGGAUUGAUGAAACCUGGCGACCAAUCACACCCCCGUUGGAGCCGGAGAGGGCCAAGUCUGACUUCCGCGCCGUGUCUACGAGGACUCAGUUGCUCACUCCCCCCGCAUCAGAGGAGGACGAGGGCGCAGGAGGUACCAUGGAAACAGACCAGGCGGACAGGCAGGUUGAGCUGCGGCGGAGUGCACGUAUCCAGUAUUCUCCACCCCCGGAAGACGUUCCCCAUCGAGAUCAGACCCGAUUCCGACGUCGUAUAGGUCGAGGUGGCAGAACCAUGGUGGACCGUCGAGGUAUCAAGCGCCAGAAGCUUGAUUCCAUCGAUGAAAGAGUCGCCGACCGAUAUAAGUAUUGCGGGGACGAUAGCGAGGAUGAGCAGGUAUAUCUCGUCGACUGGACCGACAAUCUGAACAUCAGGUAUAGAAUCAUGAUUGAUCGGCAAGCCGACAAGCAGGCGGCUCAUGCCCAGGCUGCUCAGUACGCAGCGGCCCAGAAUCGGCGUGCGAUCGAAACCCAUCAUCGCUCUGCUUCUGGCCAUCUUCAACCGCCACCCAAUGCCGCAUAA